CCAGCAGUCAGCAGUCUUACUUGUUUUUUUACAAGACCCAGCAUUUUGCAACCUAGAUGUAUUUUCAUUCUACUUAGAUCCAGCUGUCAGUCAGCAGCUUGAGUGCAAUGCCGACACCGAUUUCAUCCUUGCUGCUCGGGUCCUGUGCCCACAGUCUCAGAUGUGUGAAUGGGCUCAAGCACAGCCACAUGUGGAAAUCAUGCUCCGCAGCUUUACUGCAGUGGUGCCGGGCUCUUCACGUGGACAGUCCUCCUCAAAACCCAUCGCUGACCACCAGCUAUGUCCACGGCACCUCCUCCUUCUCCCUACUCCCCCUGACUGUGAGUCAGAGUCUGGAUGCAACUGCCCAACGCUGGCCUGAGCGGGAAGCUGUGAUCUUUGUGCAGGAUGGCAUCCAAAAAACCUUUGCACAGUUUCAACAAGACGUUGACAAGGCUGCCGCAGGCCUCCUUGCUCUGGGGCUGAAGCGAGGCGAUCAACUGGGAGUCUGGGGGCCAAACACAUAUCAGUGGAUCCUUUUCCAGUUUGCUUCAGCCAAGGCUGGAAUUAUACUGGUGUCCUUGAACCCAGCCUAUCAGGUAAAGGAAGUGGAGUUCACUCUACUAAAGGUCCGGUGUAAGGCAGUGGUAUGUCCAACCAGCUUUAAAACCCAGAGAUUUUGUGAGAUGCUGAGGGAGAUUUGCCCAGAGAUUGGCACAACACCAGGAGGCAAAUUUAAAAGCUCCAGGUUGCCAUACUUGCAAAUGGUGAUUGUGACCGACAGCAGACAGCCGGGGAUGCUCCACGUAGAUGAUGUGAUGCAAGCAGGGGAGAGUCGGCAUCACAAAGAGCUGAUGGAUCUGCAGAGCAAGCUUUCCUUCGAUGACCCCAUCAACAUUCAGUUCACAUCAGGUACGACCGGGAACCCGAAAGGAGCUGUGCUUUCCCACCACAACAUUGUAAAUAAUGCCUACUUUAUGGGCCUCCGCGUCGGUUACGGAUGGAGACCUCGGGUGCGAGUGUGUGUGCCUGUUCCGUUCUACCACUGCUUCGGCUCCGUGCUUGGGGGAAUGAGCAUGGCAGUUCACGGCAUCACGCUAGUUUUUCCUUCCGCAGCCUACAACAGCUUUGCCAAUUUAGAGGCCAUUCAAAGUGAAAAGUGCAAUUUUGUGUACGGUACCCCCACCAUGUUCACUGAUCUGCUAAGCCAAGAUUUACAGAAAUAUGAUUUGUCCUCAAUUGAAGCUGGGGUCAUGGGAGGUUCUCCGUGCCCUCCAGAGAUUGUGAGAAGACUGACAACAGACAUGAAUAUGAAGGAGAUAACAUUAUGCUAUGGAACAACUGAAAAUAGUCCUGUUACAUUUCUUGGGUUCCCAGAAGACAACGAGGAGCUGAAGAUAAACACUGUAGGAUGCGUCCUGGGUCACACUGAGGCUAAAGUGGUGGACCCCACUACUGGAGAGAUUGUCCCUCUUGGGGCCUCGGGUGAGCUGCUGAUCAGAGGCAGCUGUGUGAUGCAUGGGUACUGGGACGAGCCAGAGAAAACCCGAGAGGUGAUCUCCCAAGACCGCUGGUACAGGACUGGUGACACAGCCAGUCUGAACAGUCUGGGAUACUGCUCCAUUGAAGGACGCAUAAAGGACAUGAUCAUUCGAGGAGGAGAGAAUAUCUAUCCUGCUGAGAUAGAGCAAUUUCUCUACAAGCAUCCCAAAGUAAAGGAAGUGCAGGUGGUAGGAGUGAAAGAUGAGCGGCUGGGCGAGCAGGUUUGUGCUUGCAUCAAGCUGAAGGAGGGUCAGAGCUCCAGUGCAGAAGAGAUAAGAGCUUUCUGCAAAGGCCAGCUUUCUCACUUCAAGAUCCCACACUAUGUGUUAUUUGUGGACAGCUACCCUCUCACGGUGUCUGGAAAGAUCAAGAAGAACAUAUUAAAGGAAACAGUGGAGAAGAAGUUGGGCCUUUAAUUUUGUGUCUAUGGUUGGAGAGCACCUGAAAUGCAUUUUUUCCAUGUUCUUUUUAAAUUGUUCUUUUUAAAUUGUUCUUUUUAAAUUGUAGUUGUGGGGUGCUAUAUAAAUAAAGCUUAUUAUUA